UCUUUUAAUAUAAAUAAUUUCGCAAAUUCCUUUAAAUAUUAUAAAUAUAUAAAUAUAAUCCUUAAAAAUAAAUUCGGCGCUAUAUAUAUUGAUUUUCCUAAUUUUUAUAAUAUCUUUUUUAAUUGGAUAACGGGUUUUAAAAUAAUAUUAGAGGCCGUUUUUAAUAAGUAUAUAAAGGGCAGCGAACUAUUCUUCUAUAAUAGUUAG